CUGGUACUUGACAGCGAAUCGUCACUACAGAAGCCUUUUGGCGCUAAUAGGCUAUAUGUCCGCAAUGGGCAUAUCAGCAAGAGGACAGAUGUAGUGACACAACAAAAAAACGCUUUUAACCAAAAUUUCUAGAAGUGCAGUGUAUUUAUGAUCAUUUCACCAUGAGUAUUUGACCGUUCCACGCCGAACGAACGGAAACUGAGCAGAGUUACCAACACAACAGAUAACGUUAACUAUGAGUCGACACAACAGCGAGGGUUCCCUCUCCUCUCUGUCGGCCAGCGCGAGCCCCAGGGACAGUCCUGGCCCGAUGUCCCCGGGCGGCGCCGGCGACAAGGGGAGGAAAGGGGGUCAGGGAGGGGGAGGAGGAAUACAGGCACAGAUCCAACAGCUGCAAGAUGAACAAGAGAGAGUGCAGAAGAAGACAUUUACAAACUGGAUGAACACAUACCUCAAACAGAAGAUUCCCCCUAUGAAGGUAGAGAACCUGUUUGAGGACAUCAAAGAUGGCGUGGUUCUACUAUCACUACUUGAGGUCCUAUCAGGAGAGAAACUGGCAAUGGAGCGUGGCAAAUUGAAGAGGGUUCACUAUGUCAGCAACUUAUCAACUGCCCUGAAAUUUCUGGAGAGUAAAAAGAUCAAACUUGUAAACAUCAAUGUUUCGGACAUUGCUGAUGGCAAGUCUUCAAUUGUGCUGGGUCUUAUUUGGACCAUCAUCCUGUACUUCCAGAUUGAGGAGGUGAUGGUUCCCCAGCAAGCAGAAGGCACAGAGCAGCUCCCUCUAACUGCUCUUGACAAGUUCCGAAUGAAUGCAAAGAAGGCCCUCUUGGCAUGGACAGAAAAUGCUAUCACGAAACGAUAUGGUAUCGAAGUCAAAGAUUUUGGCAAGAGUUGGCGAGAUGGUCUUGCCUUUAAUGCCAUCAUACACACAAUCCGACCUGACCUUGUGGACAUGGACCAGGUCAGAAAACAGAGUGCCAGGGUCAACCUUGAGAGCGCCUUCUCAACCGCUGAAGAUCACCUUGGCAUCGCGAGACUUCUUGACCCAGAAGAUGUGGAUGUGGCCAAGCCUGAUGAGAAAUCUGUGAUGACUUACGUUGCUCAAUUCUUGAAGGCCUACCCAGAGGCUGGAGAGGACCCAUCUUUACGAAAGAAGACAAAGACCCCUGCUGAGCAGGAGAUGGCCGACUACCAGGAGUUGCUGACCUGGUGUAAAACAGAGGCUGAAGAGGUUUUGCAGAUCGUGGAGCAACCUGUUACAGACCUACAUCAGGAGUACAUGGAUUAUUUGGCAUUCAAAGCAGAAGUGGACAGAAGGGGGCAUAUUUAUAACAAAUUAGACGAAAAAGUCCGAACUGGAAAAUCUGUAAAAUUCACACCGGAAACCUUCAAACCCCUUGAAGAGACCUGGAAGAAAGUGGCUCGACAGACACGUCUCUGGCUGUGGAAAUUGGACGCAAGCCUGCCGGGAAAGCUUGGAAAGUUUGGCGAUUGGUUGAACCAGGCAGAGGAGAUUCUAGAGCUUGAGGAAGAAUUCUUAGAGAAUCCCAAUGAGAUGGCAAUGCAGCUGGGAAAAAUACUACAGGAUCACAGGACAUUCUUUAAAGAGCUGGAACCCCAGAAGACAUUCUUCCAGCAAGUGCGUCGUGCGGGCAAAUUUGAGGGUACACAAAUCCCCGCCCCACAGAUGGACAACCUCCACCAGCGUCUGACGCGUGUCUGCACGAUGGCCCCGCAGCGCGAGCGCAGGCUGGAAUAUGAGGAGAUGAAGUACCAGCUGCUGGCAUUCCUUGUGGCCUCAGAGAACAAACUCAAGAUAUGGACCGUCAAGUACGGCCAUCAACCCAAGGUGGAAAUGCUACUUGCUGACUAUAAGAACUUUGUACAUUCCGGGAACCUAUUCAAAAACUAUGACCAAACAUACGAGACCUGCAAGCGUAAUGGAGACGCAUACAGAAAAACCAGCGAUGACAAGACCGAGACAGAGAAAAUGAAUGCUUACUUUGACGAGGUGAAUGGACGCUGGAAGAAAGUCUCCGUGGAGAUCAAGAGCGUUCAGUCGAUGUUGGAGGAGGUGAUAGAUUGCUGGCGGAAAUACAACGCGUGUGUGGACGUGCUCACGGUCUGGCUGAAUGAUGGGGAGCGGGUCAUGUCCAGCAGAUCUGCAGACGAAAAACAGCAAUUUUUUGCCGACCUUGCAAACUUUGAAGAAAAACAUAAAAUCCUGAAUGAGUCUGGAAACUUCUUGAUCGAGACCACAGAAGAGCCGGUUGCUGCUGAAAUCAAGACGACCCUGCUGAUGGUUAAUCGUAGGUUUAAAGAUCUUGUAGAAUCAUUCCAGCACUUCAAGAAAGUAGAGGUCGUGGGUAAAGCUCGCAAGGAUUACAAUGAUGGUCUUAUUAAACUGACACAGUGGUUAAAGGGUGCUGAGGAGCUUAUUGCAAGAGAAGUCCCCUGCAAACAUGCUGUGCUGCGAGAUUAUUUAAAUGACCUUGAGACAUUGAGCAACCAGAUACCAGCCAUCGAAAACGACUUCAAGACCACGACGAAAACCGCCCAGUCCCUGGUAAAAGAGUGCUCCCAGGAUGUUGUGAAUGAGAUGCUUCAGUCCCUGAACAUCCAGAAAGAGGUCAUCGUGCGACUGCGCAAGGAGAUCCCAGAGAAGACCAAGAAUGUGAAGGCCGUGUUGCCGAACAUAGAGUCCCUGGAGAACGGUCUGAUGGACCUGGACGCGUGGCUGAGUCGCGGGGAGGCUCUGCUCGAGUCACACAAACUGGACGGGACCCAGGAGGAGACGGAACAGAGGCUGGAGAAACACAAGGCCUUUUUCUCUGAGAUCACCUAUCAGAAGUCUAUACUGGACAGCAAAAACAAGGUGCACCAGAAGGUUCAAUCAUCGAAGCCCAAACUCGAGAAUAUUGACUUCUCAGUAAUAGACGGUCCAGUGGAAGAAUUGAACCACAGGUUCCAGAACUGUGUAAGACAGUCAAAAGAUUGGGAGAAACAGCUUGACAAUUUGUCCCGCCUCUGGCGAGUAUUACACGUGAAGCAGCAUGCGCUCGAGGAAUGGCUAGACCAGGCGCAGGCUGCUCUCGAAGACACCGAGGACGAUUACGAUAGUCUCAUUCGUAAACAUAAAGCUUUCUUUGUCCGCGUGGACGAUCGCAUGCUGCAAGAGUACUUGCAAGCGUGUAAAGAUAUUCUAGUGGUCUUGGAGGAAGAUGACCGCCCUGCUUUAACUGAGUCUAUGGAAAAUAUUCAGCAACGAUGGGAGCAAAUCAACCUGAUUGCCCCGGUCAAGCUGGUCAAGCUUGAGUUUGCAGUGCAAGAGGAAAAGUUCCUCGGCCUCGUAGAAAAUGCAGAGAAAACCAUCAACCAACAGCACCAGAAACUGCAGCGCAGGGAAAACGUCAAGGAAACUCUGCAGAAACACAAGCAAAUGUUCCACCAAGGGGACUUCCAGAAGACAUGUGUCAAGUGCCUGGAGGCGAUGGACGGCCAGUCACGUGUCCUUUUGCAGCAUGACCCGCGGGACAACACACUACGGGACCAGUACGGGAAACACCUGGACCGCUGGAACAAGCUGAAGGAGGCUAUAGACUCCACACUCCUAUCACUGAAACAGCUGCCGGAGAGAUGGAAGGAAUAUAACACAAGGCUGGGUGACUUUGCCAACUUUGUGGAGACUAUAGAAGACUUGGCAAAGCAGCUGCAGCGAGAAGACCUGACCAGCGAGGAAUACAAGGACCUACAGGCCAAGUUUCAGAGAGCAAUGAAAAACAUGGAAAAGUUUGCCCAAGACUCACAGUGGCUACAGAGCAACCUUGAAGAGCUCCUGGCCGACUCAGAUGACACUGACGCCAAAAACGAGCGCAAUCGUCUCGGCGACAUGAUGACGCGCUUCAACAACCUCCUGCCCAACAUGGACAAGACGUCCAACAAGUCGGCUGUGUUCUCCAAGGCCUACGAUUUCCGAGACGGCGUUAACAAGCGGACCAGUCUCCUUGACGAUCUACUCAAGCAGGCAAUGGACCAGCCGUUCAUCGACGGACUAGACGAGGCUAGAUCUCAUCUGCAUGAACAUGAAAGCAUGAUGUCACGCCUUGAGGCAGAGCGUGCUGCCAUUAUGGCCGACAUAGAGGCAGGUAAACGUCUGCAGAAAGAGAAAAAUGCCCCCAACUUCAUCAGCAAGAACAUCCACGACCUUGAAGUAAAACUUCGGGAGACAGACGACCUUGCAAAGGCAAAACACACCAAACUCAAGAAAACCGUGUCGGACUGGGAGACCUACGAGAAUGAGAAGUCACAGAUGCUACAAUUCAUGAAAGCAGCAGAGGCAGAACUUGAGAAGCCACCUAACACGACUGGGCAGGAACUCGCUAAGAAAGACUUCACUGCUAAGAAGGAGCUACAACAAACUCUGAACAAGCUGAAGGGCAGCCUGUCGGAGGUCCAGAAACUAAACGCAAUCUUGUGCGAGGGAGCGAGUCGGGAGAGACGUGGACCACUGAAAGGGGAGAUGACAGACAUUGACAAGCGUCUUGACGGCGUGUCUGUCCGACUGAACGCCAAACUGGCGGACCUCGAGGCGACAAUCGCCAAAUGGGCGGAGUAUUACAAGCGUUUGAACCACUUCUGUGAUUGGCUGAACGAGAAGGAGGAGAAGCUGAACGCAGUGAACGAGGACAAGACUAAUAGUCCAGAGGAGAAACUGGAGCAGGCAAAGGCUAUUUCUACAGAAGUAUACGAAAACCAUAUUACAUUGGAGAACCUUGAAAAAGAUGCUAAAGGACUGUCCCAAAACUUCCGCUCACGCGAGACAGCUGCUUUAAAAGCCAAGCUCUCCACGGUUCGGCGCCAAUGGGAGAGCCUUUGUGCUCGCGCCAACGACCACAGCUCGUCCUAUAAGACAAACGUGGAGCACUGGCAGAUGUACCAGAACCUAGCCAAGGACCUCAUGCCCUGGAUCAUGAAGGCAGAGAAAUACUGCGCCACUGAGCUGCCGAAAUGUUCGAGUCUGGAAGAAGCCAAGGAACUGUAUGCCCUGCACCAGAGCUUCUUGAACGAGUGCGAAGAAAACAUUCCGAUCUUUGAGAAGAUGACCACAGAGGCAGGUUAUCUCCUCAGCCAGCCGAAUAUGCAGAAGGAGCUGGACACGCUUCAGCGGCGCUGGGGAGACGUGAUCCACGCCUCUGAGGAGCGCAGCGUGCGCGUCGACAAGAUGCAGGGCGCGUGGGUUGCAUACAAUCAGGAGGUGAACGGAAUCAACGAGAUACUCCAGAAGUUUGAGAACCGCCUCGCUGUGGAACCUAACGUGAACUCGACCGAUCCACAGGUGCUGGAACACGAGUUGGCCCUGUGCAAGACACUCCAAGAGGAGAUUCGUAGUCAGCAGCCUCACUUGAACGCCCUGCAUCGUCAGUUCGAGCAGGUGCGUCAACACGCGACCCCUGAAGGAGUGCGCGACCUAAAGGCCAUGGAAGACGAGGUCAAGGCCAAGUACGAAAAGGCCGCCGCUGACGCCAGCGAGCGACAGAACAUGCUCAAUGGGGCUCUCCGGCAUAGGCAGAACUUUUACAGUAGUCUCGGAGAGUUUGAAAAAUGGAUUAAGAAAACACAACGAAAACUUGAUACCAGUAGUGAAAUAUAUUCCGACGAAGUUGGAGAGACUCUCGCUAAGUUGAAGGCGUUGCAGAAAGAGUGCGAUGAAAAUGAGCCAACUUUUGAGCAGUUGUGUGCCGAGUUCAAGGAACUGUUGGCAAAUUGUAAUGAUGACGAGGCAGCAAUUCUUAGGGACAAGUUUGAUAGAGUUAUGGGAGGGUACACAAAGAUAGAGGAUACCUUGAAAAGUCAUAAAGAGGUGUGUGAGAAAUGGGACCAAUAUCAAAGUAGCCACAAAGAUGCUCAAGCUAGGUUAAAGACUCUGCAAGCAAAGCUAGAGAAUCCAAAUAUCAAAGAAGAUGAAGUCGCGAAAAUCAACGAAGAAGUGAAAGCUCUAAGAGCGGAAAUGGGAGAAUGGGAUAACCAAGUAGACGCCUUGGAUGAAUUGAUGGCGACUUCUCAGCUGACAAUCAAAGAUCGGGCUACUCAGCGCACUCUGCACUUUGGGACAGAGUUACAGGCCCUGGACUCAUUGUGUGACUCAGUAUUAUUCAAUUCUAGCCAGAAGAAGGAGCGCAUCAGCGAGCUGGCCGAGUUGUGGAAGAAGUUUGAAGCUAAACAGGCUCAGCUUGUUGAGAAACUCGAGGAUGUUGGGGACAGAGUGGAAACUGCAGUAGUGCCUCAAUCUAGUCUACAAGGGGUCAAGGAUCUCGUAAGGGAGAUCGAGGACGCAAGAGAUGACGUAUUCGCGUACAACCCUGAAUACGAGCAGCUGCGAGAACUGGGUCGUCAGAUCAUGCAGGCAGACCCCAGCCGGUCCACGGCAGUCCAGGGCGGUCUCUCCAAGGUCAACAAGUCCUGGGAUGGCGUCCAAGCGUUGAUAGGCGAGAAGCUCAACCACUACACAGGCGUAGCCAAUGCCUGGCAGGCGUAUAACGAUCUGAAGCAGGGCGUCCUGAGGACCCUGGAUGAUGUAACACCUCUUGUGGAGUCCGAUAUCGCUUUCUCUACUCAGCCUGAAGUCAAGAAGGCGCUCGAUCAACAUAAGAACGCAGAGUUUGAGCUCCACGCAAACCAGUCCCAGCUAGACCAAAUGAACGCACGAGGACUUCAGCUUCUAGAAGAGCUCAAACGCGUGCCUGACUUUGACGUGGCCGUCCUAGCACAGGAGCAGGACAUGGUCAAUCAUCGCUGGGAGACGUCAAACGCGGCAAUAGACGAGCACAAGCAGAAUCUCGAGGCUCAGCUCAUCUGCUGGGAUCAGGUGCAGUCUGGCAAGGAGGAGUUGGAAUCCUGGGUAAACACCAUGGUUACCAAGCUCGACGACAGCCUCAAGAACUUUGACGAUGCUGUCACUGUGGAGUCAUGCCUGAUGAAGUUUAAGGAAGAGGCACCAUACUUCCAGGAAGUGCUCAAUGACAUGACACAGAAAAUCAAUGAUCUCAAGGAAAUGAACCGUGACGAAGACAUUCCGCAACUGGUUGCCGAGCAACGAAGGUUGCAGGCACAGUUUGACAAGGCCACCUCGCUGGCCAAUCAACUUGAAGGCGUGAUGGCAAACUUCACAGACGAGCGAGUGAAUCUGCAGCGUGAGAUAGAGGCUGAGACAGAAUGGCUUCAUGAAAUGAAGGACAGACUUGGAAAGUGUGACGAUGUGUCGGGAACGGACGAGGACAUUGUGCAACGAUUGGAAAACUGCAAGGAGAUAUCUGAAGAGAUGGCCAAACAUAAAAAGAACAUCGCCUGCUCUCAUGGACAAGGCUAGUGCCAUGCAGGCCAAGUUCCCGUCUGCAGAGACGUCAAAUCUCGCCAAGGACGCCUCCGUCUUAAACAAAAAAUUCGACUCAGUGGUAGGGCGUGGUGACAAAAUUGGGGAUAUGCUUCUUGCAACCUUGGAGCAACACUGCACGGACGC